AUGACGGGAGCCUCUGUGGCCUCAUGGGUAGGAUAUUUUGCUUUGGAGGUGAGUCUGUUGGAAAAUUACUGCGCGCAUGCAGUGACUGUGGGCCUGGGGCAGUGCAGGAGCAGUAUAAAAGUGGGCCCUUCUCCUCACUCUCUCAUCCACUCCUCUUGCCUCCAUCUCCUUGGGAACAAGGUGCACCUCCGGACCCAAGACAUGUCCUGCUACAACCAGUGCCUGCCCUGCCAGCCCUGCGGCCCGACCCCGCUGGCCAACAGCUGCAAUGAGCCCUGUGUCAGGCAGUGCCAGGACUCCACCGUCGUCAUCCAGCCCUCCCCCGUGGUGGUGACCCUGCCCGGCCCCAUCCUCAGCUCCUUCCCACAGAACACCGCCGUGGGCUCCUCCACCUCCGCUGCCGUUGGCAGCAUCCUCAGCUCUGAGGGAGUGCCCAUCUCCUCCGGGGGCUUUGGCCUCUCCGGCUUUGGCAGCCGCUACUGCGGCAGGACAUGCCUCCCCUGCUAA